GCUGCGGGCAGGAAGGUGCCGCGCUGCAAGGCUGCGCCUGAGCCGGAGCAUCCCCAGCCGGAGCAUCGCGGCGGCGUCAGCUGUMUUCCUUUUCAAGGCAGGUCGACACUCCGGGUUUGGGGUGGUUUUUUUCUCCUCCUGCCUAUCGCCCAGUGCGCGUUGUUGGUACCCUCGGUGCGARCGGAACCUUGGCGGCCCCGGCUGCCCGGCGGCCGAGCGCUGUUGCUCGCACGUUCCCGCAGUGCCGGGGCCACUCGCUCCCGCUAUCCGGCGCCGAGCGGUGCCGCGCCGGCAGGUCCCCGGCGGGUUUGGGAAGCUGUUAUGCGCACUGGAUCACCGUGCCACCCCGAUGCUGCUGCUCCGAGGGAACAAUCUCAGCGGUUUGCCUGUCCUGUGCUGUAACCGAAGGCAUUCGAUUUUCACAAGCGUGUAACCGAGGGAUUUUUCUCAGUAUGCAGCUCCUUUAGAUUUGGGAGGGAUCAUCAAUCACAUCCUGUGCAUUGGACAUUCAGCUUCUAUCUCCAUAACUUCUUCCUGCUUUUCUGGACUAUAUAAUCUUAAAUUGUCCUGGGCUUGAGCAGUAAAGGAUAAAUUUGUUCACCCGGCUGAUUUGUCAUCUCACUAUUGUGAUGGAAAAAUGUUYGCUUAAAAUAAACCCCCUUUAUGCUACUAAAACUGCCUUUGAAUACAAGAUCUGUUGUGAUUUUUAAAACGCAAACCCAGUAAUGUCAGAACGCGACCCUUCAUCUGGAUUUGUUGGAAACAUGGAAAAUGGAACUUUUCUGGAGCUGUAUCCCACAUCCCUUUCAACUUCAGUGGGUUCAUCGCCCGUCCGUCUAUCCAACAUCUAUGUAUAUGUUUCUAUAUUCCUCAGUCUCUUAGCUUUCCUCCUUUUGCUAUUGAUCAUUGCACUUCAGAGGCUGAAGAACAUAAUUUCUUCCAGUUCCUCCUACCCAGAAUACAACAGUGAUGCUGGAAGUUCGYUUACUAAUUUAGAGGUUUGCAGCAUUUCUUCCCAGCACUCUGCUCUCUCAAACCUUUCUUCAUGAAAAUAAAUGGAAGGAAAUACAYGGGGAAUGGRAGAGCUUUGUCUAGUUUCUUGGGGAGGUAGUGCGCGUAACAUUUGCCUCAGAAGACUAAUUAUCAAGAGGUGCUUUKAAAAGUUUCCUUAUU